UCUCCCAGAUUCCUUUCUCUCCGUCUUCCUCUUCUCUCCCCCCUCAGUUUUUUUUUCUUCCACCACAUUCCCCCUCCACUCUUCACAAUGGGCAGCGUUUCCAACGGCUCGACUUUCCUUUUCACCUCCGAGUCUGUCGGAGAGGGUCACCCCGAUAAGAUCGCUGAUCAGGUCUCCGAUGCCGUUCUCGAUGCUUGCCUGGCUGAGGACCCUCUCUCUAAGGUCGCCUGUGAGACCGCCACCAAGACUGGUAUGGUGAUGGUCUUCGGUGAGAUCACUACCAACGCCAAGCUGGACUACCAGAAGGUCAUCCGUGGUGCCAUCCAGGACAUUGGCUAUGACGCCUCCGAGAAGGGUUUCGACUACAAGACCUGCAACGUCUUGGUCGCCAUUGAGCAGCAGUCUCCCGAUAUCGCCCAGGGUCUGCACUACGAGGAGGCUCUUGAGAAGCUCGGUGCUGGUGACCAGGGUAUCAUGUUCGGUUAUGCCACCGAUGAGACCCCUGAGCUCCUCCCCCUCACCGUCGUCCUCUCCCACAAGCUCAACAAGGCCAUGACUGAUGCCCGCAAGAGCGGUGCCAUCCCCUGGCUCCGUCCCGACACCAAGACCCAGGUCACCAUCGAGUACGCUCACGACAACGGUGCCGUCAAGCCCCUGCGUGUCGACACCAUUGUCAUCUCUGCCCAGCACAGCGACGAGGUCUCCACUGAGGAGCUCCGCGCUGUCCUGAAGGAGAAGAUCAUCAAGUCGGUCAUCCCUGCUGAGCUUCUGGACGACCGCACCGUCUACCACCUCCAGCCCUCCGGCCGCUUCGUCAUCGGUGGUCCCCAGGGUGAUGCCGGUCUCACUGGCCGUAAGAUCAUCGUCGACACCUACGGUGGUUGGGGUGCUCACGGUGGUGGUGCCUUCUCCGGUAAGGACUACUCCAAGGUCGACCGUUCCGCUGCCUACGUCGGCCGCUGGAUCGCCAAGUCCCUCAUUGCCGCUGGCCUUGCCCGCCGUGCUCUGGUCCAGCUCUCCUACGCCAUUGGUGUUGCUGAGCCCCUCUCCAUCUUCGUCGAGACCUACGGCACCUCCUCCAAGUCCUCCGAUGAGCUCGUCCAGAUCAUCCGCAACAACUUUGACCUCCGUCCCGGUGUCAUUGUUAAGGAGCUGGAUCUGGCCAAGCCCAUCUACUUCCAGACCGCCAAGAACGGUCACUUCACCAACCAGAACUUCUCCUGGGAGAAGCCCAAGGCCCUCAAGUUCUAAGCGAGUCGCUCGCGGUGACCGUGGACCUGCUUCUCUUCUGAGACAGAUUCCGUUACGAAUGUGAUGAUUUUGCUUUGUUUUCAACAACUCAAAGCACGAGCAUAGACAUGUCAAAAAAGCACCUUUUGAUGUUUGGAUGUUUGUUCAACUUUUGCAUGGUCUCUCUGAGACGGGUUCGGCGAGGAUAAAUUCAACAUGAUACCACUUUUCAUAUACCUUGGGAGGGUUGUUUCGGCGUUUUCGGGAGCGAAAGUCUUCAACACUGCCUCCAGGCUCAGGACCGAGUACUAUCUGCGGGAUGGCCAUCCGG